AUGUCGCAGAUCGAAUGGAACAUGUCGCUCUUUAGAGCCUGGUACUGGCUCGGUGGAUGGACCGUCGUUGGUGUGCCCCGCGGCAUCUUCCUUGAAUGGCAGACCAACGGUAUCCGUGAUCUCGUCGCCACACCAGCGAAUGCUUCUCGUGUUUACCGGUGUGGCCCGGUGACCAUCGCAGCUAAUAGCGCUGGCGGGGACCAUGAAGAGGAGGGGCGGGAGAAGAACUGCGGGCAGUAA